AUGUCUGCCUUGCAGCAAAUCCAGGGCAAUACUGCCAUGUCGCGUUUUGUGAGGCCUAAGCUCACCAUCGACACUCGAGUGCAUAGCAAACCCAACGUCGACCCGCUUUCCACCCAGAGUGCACCCGCCUACCCACGUCAAGAGAGGGGCGUCCCACCAAUGCAUCAAGCCGUUGACCGAUAUUGCACAAAAGUUGCUGAAAUGAUGAAUUCACCCACUUGGCGCAGUCAGCGUCCCGGACCUAACGUUGUUGACGACAGUACUCCUUCCGAGCCGCUGGGUCCGCACGAUGCAUACACUCCGAAUUCAUUGGGGUCCUGUGUCGAAGAUGAUGGAGAGUGCCACUCAAUCAGAGAGCACGGGGAUGUCAACGGGACCUUGUCUGAUCUCGCGAGACAACGGACUCUACGUCGACACGCCGACAGCGGUAUUUCUCUCGGUCGGGAUGCAGAAGCUAUGAGCAUCCUCGGCAUCCAUCCAUUCUCAGAGAUACCGAACAGACCUGCCAAUGCCUUCAUCAUCUCGGCUGCUGUGUCCAAUGGAGCUGCUCACUCCCGCGGUACAAUAUAUGGUGAGCUCCAGCCUGUCAUGUUUCCUAGGCAGAGGCCCGACAUCCAAAGCAAGACCGCCGAAGACGAACUGUCCUUCGAUCUAACCUCCGAGGAUGAAUAUCUGGGAAGUCUUGAGACUGGUUUCCAAAGCUCUCGAAGGUCUCUCAGUCACUCGCCCAGCCAACCUGAAAAUGUGGAGAUUCUCAAUGACCAGGAGCUCAUUGAAGGUGAAAAAGCGAAGAAGAAUAAGGAGCGUGAGAUUCACCAGCUUAUGGAGAGGGACGAGGCCAUCAAGUCUGUCAAUUCCCAGCACGCAUCUCCGCGGCGCAAUCGUCGUCCUGACCCUGAGGAUAAGUCACGCUUUCAGGGCUUGCUCGGCAGACUUCGAUACGAUGCUGAGGCAUUGACUGAUGAUCGAGCGGACAUGGUUGCUCUGAACGAUCCAGCCAUAGUUUCCUUUGCACCCAAGAAGAGCGCGCAGUACUCUUCCAACGAGGAGUUUGCACCUCGGCGCCAUAUUGAGGAGAAAUGUCCGCCAAAAGGAAGUCAUCACACUUCAUCCGAUUCGGGUUACGCAUCUCCUACAACACGCUCGAGACCAAGCACCCGCACUCAAUCGAGGAGCAGACCUGGCACAUCAGAUGAGAUUGGCUCCGAGCCCGUUACUAUCCAGCAUGGAGAUGUUGACUCGAAAGACUUCGAACCAGAUCGUCCGUCGAAAUUUUCAACGCUCAAUCCCGCGGCAAAGGUAUUCUCGUCGGCCAAUGACCACAGUGCCUCUCCAAAGAAGCGAGGCGGACUUGCUCCGGCUCCUGUUCCCGAUCAUGCCUUCUUCUCACCGUUGCUUGCCCAGGCACAGUUUGGCACGGGCAUCCAAUCGCAAAACUUUGGUUACAACGCCCUGCCCAACUUCGGCAGCCCUCUGACAAACUUGGCUCUGACACAGCCAGGCUUGCUUCAGCUCUCUUCGGCGUUGAUUCCUCAAAACAGCUCCUUUCCUCAACCUAUCUUGCCACCUCCGCCCGGACUUGGCCUGACUGCGAACCUUCCUCCAGGUAUCCAAAGCCCUGGGACCAUGCCCGGUCUACCACUCCUGCCACCACCAUCUAGAGUGACCCUACCAGGACUAGCACAUUCUCCAGGACUCAUGUCGACGUCUGGGCCGAUUUCUUCCGACUUCACGGGCGCCUUCCACCAGCAGCUGCCAACAAUUCCCUCGUGCAAUAACCCAGCACAUCAAAGCGCUCCCGCGUUCAACGGCACUCCAGGCUUCCCGGCACCCACGAUGCCACAGCUCGCACCUCCUGUGCCCCCUACCUCCAUGUUGAGUCCAAACCACGGAGCACCCGUGCCACCACCAUUGGCACCAGUAGCCCCAGUGGUCAACCCGAUUUUUAGGAAGAAUGUGCCCAAGCCCAAGGUACCGAACACUACUGGUCAGCAGUACUGGGAGUACUGGCACGAGCUACGACGAACGUUUGAGCCUGGAUACGCCCAAAAAUCGAAGCAGAACCAGCAGAAGCGGUACAUGAAGCAGCAGACCCACAAGAAUGGUGGCACGACGGACCAGACCUAG